AAUGCCGGGUUACGUCACGAGUGCAGAGCGAGCUGCUGGAGUUGGCGAGCCGGAAGGUGGGAGCCUUCGCCCCGGGGCCUGGCGCUGCGCGGCCGGAGGGACGCGCGCGGUUACCUGGAACCGUGUGCCCGCGACCCCGAAGCCCGCGGGCUACGCGGGAGGCUGGAGGCGGGUUCCGGGGACUGCCCUGGCGCACGUGCUGGGCCCCAGCCAGGCGCAGCCACCCUGAGUUUCUGGACCCUGGAGAGGGGAAAGGAGGGUCGUCCCCAGCACCAGGCAGACCCUUUCGGAUCCGGAGCAUUCCCAAACGUUACUUUCUCCCGGAUCUGGACCCGGCAGUCGGGCCCGCUGGGCCCACAUCGCUCCGCUUCCAGCUGUGGGCUGGUACUGUGGUCCUGUUGUCCUGGGAGGGAAGCAGUAUCGUUUGUACCUAGGAUGAUCGGUUUUUCUCUGAGCCGAAGUGGAAGUUGCGAGAAAAAGAGGCGGGAGGCCGAGGACUGACCCUGUGGUUGUGGCGCAUCUUCUGCUCUGGGCUAGGGGGGCCGGCGGACGCCUCCAGUUCAGUUUCCCACCAGCCCUUUCUAGCGGCUCCAGCUUUCCCUCGGUCUGAAUUCGCGAGGAUUCCCUGCUUGACUGGGGUCAGCUGGGAUGAAGAGCAGACGUCUCCAGGAACGCUGGAAGGGUUGCCCAGCCUAGGGAGAAAUCGCCCCGCCCUGUUACUCCGGCCCAGUCACACCCAGAUUCCAGAGGGGUGACUACCACAUUGACGUCUGUAUCAAUGACUACCUGGAUGUUUUCUGCCCUCACUAUGAGGACUCUGUCCCGGAAGAUAAGACUGAACGCUAUGUCCUCUACAUGGUGAACUUUGAUGGCUACAGUGCCUGCGACCAUACUUCCAAAGGGUUCAAGAGAUGGGAAUGUAACCGGCCUCACUCUCCGAAUGGACCACUGAAGUUCUCUGAAAAAUUCCAGCUCUUCACUCCCUUUUCUCUAGGAUUUGAAUUCAGGCCAGGCCGAGAGUAUUUCUACAUCUCCUCUGCAAUCCCAGACAAUGGAAGAAGGUCCUGCCUAAAACUCAAAGUCUUCGUGAGACCAACAAAUAGCUGUAUGAAAACUAUAGGUGUUCAUGACCGUGUUUUCGAUGUUAACGACAAAGUAGAAAAUUCAUUAGAACCAGCAGAUGACACCGUACAUGAGUCAGCCGAGCCAUCCCGCGGCGAGAACGCGGCACAAACACCAAGGAUACCCAGCCGCCUUUUGGCAAUCCUGCUCUUGCUCCUGGCGAUGCUUUUGACAUUAUAGCACAGUCUCCUCUCGUCACCUGUCACAGAAAACAUCAGGGUCUUGGAACACCAGAGAUCCACCUAACUGCUCAUCCCAAGAAGGGACUUGUUAUAGGUUUUUGGCAGAUGUCAGAUUUUUUUUUGUUUGUUUGUUUUCUUUCCUCCAGCCCGAUUUCUAAGCAACAACCUGGGGUUGUUGGGGGCUAAACUAGUCACUGCCCUCCUUCGCCCCGCCCCAUCCCCAGCCCUGGUCCUUGACUUCUCUCGCCCCUUCCAAAUUAAAUGGACUCCAGAUGAAAAUGCCAAAUUGUCGUAGUGGGGCUUCACCCCCUGUGCGUUCUUCUCCAGAACUCACCUCUGUAAGCUCAGGGUGUCGACGACGGUAUGCAGAUAAGGAAGAAUUGUGGCAGAUGCUGCCAGCCAUGGCCUGGCCGAGAGGGUGUCCCUCUCCUACAGUACUUAUGCCUUCUCAUUAAGGACAGGAAGGUGAUUGUGUGGAGCAUUAUGUUGGCAUGUCAGGUCCAGAGGGGCAGAAGUAAGCCGAGACAUAUUAUUGCACCAUAUCAUCUAGGACUGUAGGAAUGAGCAGGCUUCUCAAAGGUUCAGAUACUAGUUUUUGUUUUAUCAGAUACGACUGUCUUAAAGCGUUCUUGCCAGCAAAACGUGUGCUGUGUCGAAGAAGCUUUUUUUCUCCCAGAAGGAGGGUUGGAUGCAGGGAUGCUAAUGCAGAAGAAGUGUCUAUUGAGAAAACUAUCUGUUGCUGGGGGUGUGAGUGCCUCUAACUUUUUAGUGACUGGGCAGUGCACACCUGAUUUUUUUUUCCUUUGAAUACAGAUCACCAUGGUGCUACAACUUUUCUUUUUCUUUUUAGGAGCUCAAAGAGGCAUUUUUAUGAAUAAAGUGACCUUCCCCGAGGCUGACAAGCCAGGGUUGAUGAGUAGAGAGUGGAAUAGCUUUGGCUGCUCCCCUGGGGACAAUGUGUAGAAAGAAAGGAAGUCCUGUGGCCAGAGGAGAUGCGAUUUGGCUUUGCUGGAGCUCCCAUGUGCUGUGGCCUUGCCCCAACUCCCACCCCGAUGCCCACGUUCUGCUCCAUGCUCCAUGAUCACAGGGGACUCAGACACAAACCCUGUCACCAGGAGAGUCAGUCAGCACUACUUGGGAGGGCUAAAGGGAAAUUUGGAAUAAAAAUUCCAAAGUUUGGAAUAAAAAUUCAAGCAUUGAUUUUUUAUAUUCUUUCCCUUUCUGACACAGCCUAAAGCGUAGGGGGAAACAUGUGUUUAUCUAUGGGAGAUAAACAAGAUGGAGUCCCAAAGACUUUGACAAAAUAUUUUUUUAAAAAUCCACUAGAAUAGAAAAUACAUUAUUUAGAUAUACUUUAUGCUGAGAGUGAGUAUAUAUGCUUGUCCUAUUUAAACUUGUGAGAAAAAGUGGUAUCCCUUGAUACAUUUAGAAACAUGGGGGGUUAUCUUGUUUCAUAGUAGGGUUGGGGCAGAAGGAGAAUGGACACAGGAUGACCCUGUUUAAAGAACCUUAGCAUGGCCAAGGAGGUGGUCCCAGCUGAUGACCAGGAAACAUAAGCUGUGGGGUUUCUCCUGGUGGGGUGUCAUGAACUCUAAAUCCCAAAACCUAGACAGGGAAAAGUGUCAGCCCAAUAGAAAGGUGAUCUAGCCUUGUUUUGCUAUUGCACGACAUCAAUAGAAACCAUGCCUUUGUAAACAAGCAAGUCAGUAAAUGCAAUGAUCAUGUAAUGUGGAAAAUUGAAAGCAUUCCAGAAAAAAAAAGGAUUUUUUAUAUAUUCGUUUUUAAGAUGUAUAUGAAAAAAAAAGGAGUUCACAUUAUAGAUGGACUUCAUGAAUCGGAAAUUGCUUAGAAUUGUGAGUAGUUUCAAAUUAGAAAAAUAUGUGAAUGGAAGGCAGCUGUGAACGUACUGCACCCUAGAGAGUUGUACACACAUUGGAAUGUGAGCUGGACUUACCUGGUCCCUUUGGAGUGGAGACAGCUGGAGUCUGCUCUUGCUUGAACCAUCUGAGUGGGGUUGCCAGCCUCAAAGAUAUUAUCAGUUUCUUUCUCCACCAUCGAAGACUCCUCUGGAGUGGCCGAGUCUCAUCACAGAAGGCACCCACCGUUUCACUGAAACAAAGCUUCAAAGCAUUGGAUUCCUUUACCUUUAUUUAUAUACUGGACACUCUCAGUAAUAUCCAGAUAUCUUCUGUUUAUUGAUAGUUACAGGUUUGUGGGUUAGUGGGGUUUCGGUAAGGGGACAAAAAUCCCCUUCUAAGAUGGAUCGAUAGAACCAAAAUAAUAAUGCAUGUACUACAACCAAGGAAACCACGUGAUCCUGUAAUAAUUCCAGUUAGCCCUAAGGACAUUAGCAGUUCUAAUGUCAUUUUAGAAAUGGUGAAUUCUGUGAUUCUUCUAGCAUUUGUCUCUAGCAAAUGAUGAAAUAAUUACUCAUGGCCCUCUCUGCCACUGUCUUUCAUCUUUCACCGUGCAAUUAGACCCUUUUACGUCACUGUCGUGCCGCCACAGAUUAAGUUAAAAAAAGAAAAAAAAAAGCAGAACUAUCCACACCAGUAGACAAUAUGCUUUUCUACCUGUAAGGGGCAUAAUCAUAGCUAACGCACUUGUGUGGCGUUUUCAAGACGGUUGGUGCCAGGCAGUUUUUAUCUUGUCCAAAAAGCGCUGGUGGCCUGUUGUGGUGGUGUUAUAAUCCUCUGUGGGCUUCGGAUGUCUGUGCACCUUGGUAGUGGGUUUAAUUUUAAAAACAGUCAAGAGCAUGAAGGGAAGCCUUGGAGCCCCCUCAGCCCCAGUUGGUCAAACCCCAGCGACCUUUGCCCUUGGUUGCCAAGGCCUUUGCAAAGUGAAGCAGGGAAUAAAGAUCUGUCUGUUUAGUGGAUACUGUGUAUCCUUUAAUAGACCAGGUAACAGUCCGUGGUAGUUUUAGACUAUUGUUUUGUACUGUACUUUCUUGGGUGGCAGAGGAAAGAAAAGUUAAAAUGUUGAAAAAAAAACAACAAAAAAAAAACAACUGCGUUCUUUAAUUCUGUAUUAUUAGCAACCUCUGUUGUAUAUAGUGUUUGAUAAUAAAGUAUUAAUUUGAUUCUUAUGUCUUUUGUAAGUGAGAACAAUAGACUUUCAGGAUACAAAACAUGCAUUGAGGCUUUGAAACAUCCAAUGUAUACAUGGCUGAGAAGUCACGUGACUGGAACACUGCUCCAUACUGGACUCGUGUCAUCAUUGCCCACUCAAAUCUUACAGCUCCAUCGCCUUGGGACCGAAACAACAGGACUGCUUUGAUGGAUACUUUGUCCUCAGUGUUUCCCAGGUCUGAUGUCGGAGCUCUGUGGUCCUUUCCCCCACCCCAAGCAUGUGGUUUGAAGAGGUUUAGAGAACUCUGGUUCUGUCCUUUGGUUUGGUUUUCUGUUUGUCAUUUUUCCCCCCAGGAAGUCUUGUCAGCAUCAAGUGCGGCUCAGACUCAGGAUGGUUGCAGGCCAGUCCCUUUAGGAAGGCUCAGUGGGGCUGGUUCCCUCUCUGUGUCCUUGUGCAAGGAAGAGUCACAGUACCUGUGGGCUUUCAGGGACUCUGUUUUUCUCCUGUGCCUUAGCAACGGCUGCAGCCAUUUUUAUUAGUUUCACGAACUUAGGAAAACAGUUUUAAACUCCUCCUUUUCCAUUCAUUGCUCUCAGAGCUGUGGUCACCAGCUUUUCUUUGGAAGACCGCCUCCACCAACACCCCCGUUUGCCUGCCCCCUUUCUCUCUUUUUUUCCCCCUUGCCUUCCUCCCGCAUUCUGUUCCCCCACCAGAGCCGUGAAUGGGCAGGUCUGUCUCUGGUUUGGCAUCACUGAGAGUUGUUCCCAUGCAUUUGCCCCAGAGCUGCUCGGAUGUGAGACAAAUCUCCCUACAAUGGACUCGCUCCCAUUGUUUGUACAGUGUAAUAGAUGCUGGCAUGUUGGAGGUUACCCAUGAGUCAAAGUCCGUUUUCCAUGCUUCCUCUUGACACCCCAUUGAAGCCACUCAUUGUCUGUGCGUCUGGGUGUGAAGUCCAGCUCCAUGUGACCCUGUGCUUGUACUCCCUGCUUCGCAGUCCUUUGCACUUUCAUCGAGUGCUGUUUUGAAAUGCUGACAUUAUAUAAACGUAAAAGAAAAUGUAAAAAAAAAAAAAAAUUAAAACACACACACGCAAAUCCAUACGAUCUGUAUUUGUAUAUACACGUGUCCUUACAAGUAUACCUAAAUAAAAAUUAAAGAUUUUCAUCCUUUUAAUUGGA